UAUGUGGGUUGCCACUACAGCAUGGCUGACAAGUGGUAUAAGUCCACGCCGGGGAUCCCAACUGGCAAACCCCGGCUGCUGAAGCGGAGCACACGGAACUUCAACCACUAGGCCACAAGGCUGGCCCUCAAGCAUAUUUUUAAAGUCCACGUCUAAUAACUGCAUCAUCUAGAACUUCUCCUCUAAAGCAGUAAACAGGUCAUGGCACGUUUAACAAAAAGACGACAGGCGGAUACAAAAGCUAUCCAGCAUCUUUGGGCAGCCAUUGAGAUUAUACGAAACCAGAAGCAAAUUGCCAACAUUGACCGUAUUACAAAGUAUAUGUCUCGAGUCCACGGUAUGCAUCCAAAAGAGACCACCCGUCAGCUGAGUUUAGCUGUGAAAGAUGGUCUUAUUGUGGAGACUCUAACAGUGGGCUGCAAAGGUUCCAAAGCUGGUAUUGAACAGGAAGGAUAUUGGUUGCCAGGAGAUGAGAUUGCCUACAGUAUGCAGCCUUUCUCCAGGACAGCAACCCCAAAAAAGGACUGGGAAACAGAAAAUCAUGACUGGUAUUGUUUUGAAUGCCAUUUGCCUGGAGAGGUGUUGAUAUGUGACCUGUGUUUUCGUGUGUAUCAUUCCAAGUGUUUGUCUGAUGAGUACAGGCUUAGAGACAGCAGUAGUCACUGGCAGUGCCCAGUUUGCAGGAGCAUCAAGAAGAAAAAUACAAACAAGCAGGAGAUGAGUACCUACCUGAGGUUCAUUGUCUCCCGCAUGAAGGAGAGGGCUAUAGACCUUAACAAAAAGGGGAAGGACAGCAAGCACCCGAUGUACCGGAGGCUGGUGCACUCAGCGGUCGACGUCCCCACCAUACAGGAGAAAGUGAAUGAAGGGAAGUAUCGAAGCUAUGAAGAGUUCAAAGCUGACGCUCAGCUGCUUCUCCACAACACAGUGAUUUUCUACGGAGCAGAAAGUGAGCAAGCUGACAUAGCAAGGAUGCUAUAUAAAGACACAUGUCAUGAGCUGGAUGAACUACAGCUUUGUAAGAAUUGCUUCUAUUUGUCAAAUGCUCGUCCUGACAAUUGGUUCUGCUAUCCUUGUAUACCUAAUCAUGAACUGGUUUGGGCUAAAAUGAAAGGUUUUGGAUUCUGGCCAGCCAAAGUCAUGCAGAAAGAGGACAAUCAGGUUGACGUCCGCUUCUUCGGUCACCACCACCAAAGGGCCUGGAUUCCUUCUGAAAACAUACAGGAUAUCACAGUCAAUGUUCAUCGGCUGCACGUUAAGCGCAGCAUGGGGUGGAAAAAGGCUUGUGAUGAGCUGGAACUGCAUCAGCGUUUCCUUCGUGAAGGACGGUUUUGGAAGUCCAAGAAUGAGGACCGAGGGGAGGAGGAGGCAGAGUCCAGUAUCUCCUCCACCAGUAAUGAGCAGCUAAAGGUGACUCAAGAACCAAGAGCAAAGAAAGGACGACGUAAUCAGAGUGUGGAACCCAAAAAAGAAGAACCAGAGCCUGAAACUGAAGCAGUGAGUUCCAGCCAGGAAAUCCCCACCAUGCCUCAGCCAAUCGAAAAAGUUUCAGUGUCAACUCAGACCAAGAAGUUAAGUGCCUCUUCACCAAGGAUGCUGCAUAGGAGCACCCAGACUACCAGUGAUGCAGUGUGUCAGAGCUUGUGCCACGACAAGUACACCAAAAUUUUCAAUGACUUUAAAGAUCGAAUGAAGUCUGAUCACAAGCGAGAAACUGAAAGAGUUGUUCGAGAAGCUCUAGAAAAGCUGCGUUCUGAAAUGGAAGAAGAAAAAAGACAAGCUGUAAAUAAAGCUGUAGCCAAUAUGCAGGGUGAGAUGGACAGAAAAUGUAAACAAGUAAAGGAGAAGUGCAAAGAAGAAUUUGUGGAAGAAAUCAAGAAGCUAGCAACACAGCACAAACAACUAAUUUCUCAGACCAAGAAGAAGCAGUGGUGCUACAACUGCGAGGAGGAGGCCAUGUACCACUGCUGCUGGAACACGUCGUACUGCUCCAUCAAGUGUCAGCAGGAGCACUGGCACGCCGAGCACAAGCGCACCUGCCGCCGGAAGAGAUGAAGGCAGCCUCCUGGAGUCGCCGACGGUCCCUCUCCUCAGACACAGCGGUUUUUGUUUCCAAGAAGCCAAAAUUGUUUAGAAUUUGCUUCCCAUUUUGCACCAGCCUUUAAACACUUUUCGUGAAGAAAUUUUGCACAGUAGUUUAAAUCUUUUGUUAAUGCUCCUCCGGAGUUUUUCAGGGGGUAAAAGUAACAUCAGUGGAGGGUAUUAUUUUAAAUAAAUUUUAAGUGAGAAUUUGUUGCAUUUUCAGCAAAUUUUAAAACAUUUUUAGGUUUUACAGAGAUUUUAACCUUUAAACAACAGAUCUUUAAAAACCAACAGGUGAAUACAAGUAAGUUUAACAAAGAAACAUUUAAAGUAGAUCUGAAUGUAAGAACUACAGGACUGUUUCAGAAAUAAAACGUACUACCUUGAUGUGAGAUUUAUUUCUUACCCUUGUUGAGCUGGUUUUGUUCAGCUUACUUUACUGUUUGGAGGCAUUGUCUGUCGGUUAUGCCGGUGGGCGUGUGACUGAAUUUAGGGGACAGGGUUGACACAGCAGGUGCUAGUCCUGCAUAUUUUUUCGUAAAUAUUUCCCAAUUGUGUUUUUCAUUAUUUCUUUUCAAUAUAUAACUUUUAUAACAAAUUAUUAGCUUUGAUCUUGUAGUUUAAAAUUGCAGGGAACUGGGGUAAUCUUUUACUGAGCUGGAUCUUAGAGAAAAUGAAUAUUUAAAUUUUAAAGUUUGCACAUUUCAUCUUUGUCCUACCGUGAGUGGUUGUAUCAAGAUAAACAAACAAUAUAAAAUAAAAAGCCAAAAACUACCUUUCUCCAUACAUGAAAUGAUAGAUGAGGCAUACAAAUUUCUUUAAUGCUUCCCUUCCCUCCCCAGAUACCAUCUGAUUGCCUAUUAUCUGGUGUCACCUCAUAUGUUGUAAGUUAAUACUGAAAGGAGAGAAAGCACUUAAGUUUCACAGAAGCCGUUAUGUUUGUAGUAAUGGGUCAUUGCCUACUAAUGAACUCCAUCACUGUACACAGAUUGAAGAAUAAUGCAUGUUAAUUUUCUUGUAUUAAAGAUGCCGUGAUUUGUAAAAAGUCUGUAUUUUGCGGAAUGUCUGGAUUAAGAAGCAUUACCAAUAGGAAUGGAUCGAUAGUUGAAUAAUGAUUUUUUAUACAUAGAUAUAUAAAAUAUAGCCAGGAAAACUUAAAUUACUUUUUUUUUAAAAAAAAAAUCUCACAAUUUAUGUUUUUUCAAAGGCUGAUCUUAGACCAAGUCAAAUUGCCAUUUAUCAUUUAGUUAUUUUUUAAGGUUAGAGAAAUAAUUUGUAAAUAUUUAUUUAGACCUUUGAUAUUUAUUAAAGCAAUUACACACAAUGGAAGUGAAAGAAAUCAGGAGAAAAACCUUUUAAAAAGUUUUCUCCAGGUUUGUCAGGGUCACUCUAAAGAUAAAAAUGUAACUCAGUCUUCUGUGAAAUAAUCGUCCAUCCAGUCCUGAUGCUGUUGCAGAUGGUGGUGACACACGUUAGCCGACAGGCCACUGCCCGAUGGUGCCCGGGGGCCCCACUUCAACCCGGCCCUGAAUCGGGCAGUGACUUGGCAUCUCCUUCCCUCCUGUUGCUGUGUGGUUAGUCCGUGUUGCCACGGUGCUGUGGUCUGAUGGAGACGUCGUAACCAAGAACACUUACCUUCUCUGAUUGUUUUUCAAGUUUUAAAACUUCGAUCCACCCCUAUGAGAGCAAGUUAUUGUGGAAAUAUUUUUGGUGUAAAAUCAUUCCAGAAUAUGUACUAUUUAACUGAUAGCUGCAUGAAAGUAAGAUUCGUGUUACUUUGGCUUUUUUGUCUCCGUUGACACGGUUGCACAUUUCCAAUCUACUACAGCGUGAAAACUGUGUGUAAAAAAAAAAAAAAAAACAAAAUUAAAAAAAGAGAUUGUGGCCUGGUUUUGUAAAAGUUUUAGGUAAAAUUACAAUUGAUUGUUUUAGGAAUCAUUAUAAAAAUUUUUCUGCAAAUCAUAAAGCUAUAUCAAGGUGUUGAGCUUAGCCACUAUGCACAUUGUAAUUAUUCAUUGUGGCUGUCCAGUUCUAUGAUGCAUUCUGGCAUUUUGUAAGCUGCUCUGACUAGCAAUAUAUAGAUUCAUUUAAUGUGUUAACAUUGGUUAAUAAAUGUAUUUAAAAAGACCAACUUUAAUAAAUUGUUGAUUUAGUCC